UUGUGAAGCCGGAUGUGUGUGCCGUUGCAUCUUUUUGAGUAUCCUUCUUCCUUUCCUUUUUGAAUCAAUCAUUUUCGUUUUCCGCCGCGCCUGAAGAAAGAUGUAGGGAAUAUUUGCGACCAAAGAGAAGUACUAUCAUCGCCUUUGCCUCUCGGUUUCGGGCCUGUUGUGAAAUGCCAUAACCUCCGUAGGCAACCUUAGCACCUUUGUGUAUUUCUUGCUGUCUGUGGCUUAUCUCAUGCCCUAACAGUAAAACAUUCUUACCGUUUAAUGCCUGCUUCGCUUUCCAUCGUCCGCUUUCAAUUCUCUAGCGUUGGCGUACUUGCAAGACCCAAAAAUAUUGAGAAGGUUGUUCGUGUUCUGCUGUCCUGCUCUUCCUGUUUGUUAGCUGGCUUCUAGAAAAGCUGAGUCUGCUUACCUUGGUUAACGUCUUCUCGGCCCAAAGCACCAUACUUCAAAGUUGAAAUCGUUGUUCGUGUUUUGGUUCUGCCGCCCUGGUUAUGCUGCUUGCUGGCGUGCUCCUGAGUGGCUGUCUCCGCUCAUCUUCUUUAUCGUCUCCACUCCCUGGUCUUGUUUUGCAAUUGUUUGUUGUUCGUGUUUUGGUUCUGCCGCCCUGGUUAUGCUGCUUGCUGGCGUGCUUCUGAGUGGCUGUCUCCGCUCAUCUUCUUUAUCGUCUCCAUUCCCUGGUCUUGUUUUGCAAUUGUUUGUUGUUCGUGCUUUGGUUCUGCGGCCCUGCCUUUGCUGUUUGCUGGCUGGGUUGUGAGGCUCAUCUUGGUUACCUUCCCGAAUUCUUGGUCUUGUUUUGCAAUUUGUUGUGAUGGGUUCACUACCUCAACUGUCCAAAGACAGCUCCGUGGCUGAAGUGCAGGCUUUCCUCUCUGGAUAUACUAAUUUGAAACCAGAGACCUUGGAUUGCCUCCGCUGCAAUGAUAUUGAUGGAGAUAUGCUGUUGAGCUUUACAGAUAAGAUUUUGAUUGAAAAUUUUAGCAAAGAUAUCAAUUAUGCUCAAAGGCAAGCAUUAAUGAAAAUUAUUGAGAAAUUUGGGAACCCCGCUCCUCCUCCUGCUGAUAAUCUCACUACUGAAGAGGGAGCUUCUGUUACAUCUAUUGUGGUCACUGACGACUCUGAUGAUCUUGGGGUUCGUGAGUUGGGAGGAUACAUUGACGACAAUGGUAUUCUUUGUUGCAACUCUACUAAUGAGGCAAUAAUGUUUGACAUUCACCCAUGCAUCAGUUCCUCUAUCAUAAAAAAAAGGAAGAAAAGGGAAUCAGAUGUUGCUAGUAAGAGUAAAGCUUCCAAAGUGGAUGCGUAUAGUGUGGAACCCAUGGAUGUUUUAGGGAUCUUGAAUGAUACAGAGGCUGGCAAAAAGGUUCGGAAUUUCAUUAAAGAGAAAGGAGGACUAGAUGUAUCGCAUCAGACUUCACUUUUGAACAUUCUAUUUCGACACGUGACCGUCGGCCGAGAAAGCCCCUUGAAGUACUAUCCAGAAAGCCAAGUAAAAAUAUCUAUGGCCAAAGGUAUUACAAAGGAUUUUCCCGAACUAGCUGAUGAAGGGGACUGUCCUUGGGCAUCCUGGCUUCGCAUAGUGAAGACAAAGUUUGAGACGGUCCAAUCAAAAUUACCUCCUGAAAAGAAAAAGAACUCCAAAAGAGUUUCAUCUGAUAAGUCAAGUAAGGCUAAAGGAAAAGCUGGUCCAUCAUCUGCUGGUGCCAAAAUCACAACAAGUGAUAGUCAAAUUGAACCUGAUGAUAUAACUAACUCAAAGAAAUCUUGGAUGCGUGAUGCUGUACCAACUAGCAGAAAUAAGGACGAAAUAAGUAGAGCUUUACAUGCAACAUACCAGGGGAGACGGAAUUGGAUAUUAAACGAGAGACCAACUUGCACUGACAUUUUGGAAGAAUACCCACAUCUUGCCAGUUACGAAGGAGAAAUGAUAUCAGAAGAAUUCUCUCGCAUUGAACCAUUGGAAGUUGAUAUUGUACCCAGGUUUAAAAAGAUAGCUAAUUAUAUUGUGAAACAUUGUUCACUGGUGAAACCUGACAUGUUUACUGAAGUCAAUGCUUUAUUUGACAUUGAAGAGCUGCAGGCCCUUGUGCUCCUACCCAAACUUCUGACCCUUACUCUUAACUCCAAAACUGCGCCACAAGAUCAUUUGGAACAUUUCAAAUUAUUCAAGGAGUCAAUUCAGAAAUUUCCAAGUAGCGCUUUGUUGCAAAUUGUGCCGGAAGGAACAGAUGUAGAAAGCUAUGACUCAGUGGAAACACGCAAGGAUAUUCCAUCACCAAUGUUUCCCUUCCUUCUGUGGACAACUAAAGAUCGUCUCUCAGGCAAAAUGUAUCUUAAAAUUGACAAGAAAACAUUCCUUGUUGGAUCCGUAGACAAUGUAAAUGCCGGUGAAAUUGUAAUCAAGGCUAUUGCUCUAGCCAUGAAGGCGCAUUUUGUUUUCAAUCUUGCAUAUCACCCAUACAUGAGGGCUGUAUUCAAUUACUUUGAAUGCCUUGCUGGUAUCAAUCAAAAUCCUUUGGUCACUGUGUCAAAAUUGAAUGCUGCUGUAAGAGCUUUAGUUCAGAAGUAGGACUGAUUCAAAGAAAGAAAUUUUAGACAUAUAGAAUGCUUGAUUUAGUAGUUUAAAAUUUUCAUUCUGUAAUAUUUUACAUGUUAUAUUUGCUACAUUUUAAUUUUAAAGUUUAGAACUUUGAUUGGUGUUAAUUGAAGUCUUAAAGUAAAUGUUUCUAAAAUUACUGCUGUGAGCCUGUUUUCAAAUCUUUAUGAGGGCUGUUAUCAAUUACUUUAAAUGCCUGGCUGGUAUCAAUCAAACUCCAUUGGUUAGUGUGUCAAAAUUGAAUGCUGCUGUAAGAGCUUUAGUUCAGAAGUAGGACUGAUUCAAAGAAAGAAAUUUUAGACAUAUAGAAUGCUUGAUUUAGUAGUUUAAAAUUUUCAUUCUGUAAUAUAUUACAUGUUAUAUUUGCUACAUAUUAAUUUUAAAGUUUAGAACUUUGAUUGGUGUUAAUUGAAGUCUUGAAGUGAAUGUUUCUAAAAUUGCUGCUGUGAGCCUGUUUUCAAAUCUUUAUGAAGGCUGUUAUCAAUUACUUUGA